AUGGCCCGCCAUCCUCAACAAUCAUUGGACGAUUUUCUCCAAGAUCACGCCAAGAAAUCGAUCCCAAAAAAUCCUCACGUGGGCACGUUGUAUAACGUAUCUCUACCCUCGAAUUUCGCCGGAAUGCAGGCUUCGGUCGUUCAGCUGCAAACCUCGAGCGUUUGGGCCCAAGGGGCUAAUUUGAGUUAUUUCGACGUUCCACCGAGAAUAACUCCUGAGCCGAACGUUACAUGGCUAGAUAUAGUUUUUUCAAAUCUAGGAAAUUGGUCGUCGUAUUAUUACGAUAUGCCCCAUUACACUUUUGUCACCCCGAUCCUCGGUUUUAGCGCCUACGGCGUACGACACACGAGAGGGCAAAAUGGUCAUUUCACCUCUACGACGACAAAGUUGAAGCUAGCGCUCAUCCGACACCCGAUCAUGGUCCACUUCCCGUCGGUUUGGCUACCUCAAGGGAAAUGUAUCAAGUUUUACUCGAACGGGAGGAUUAAGAUUACCAACAUGUCCUUGUCCCAUACAUGUGCGGUAUGGGGACAAGGGCAUUUUGCAAUCGUUGUGCGGGUCCCACAGUCACAUCGGAUGUGGAAAUGGUGGGUGGUCGGGUUUGGCGUCGGAAGCGUCGGAUUCCUGUCGGUUGGGUUCGUUUUAUUUAACGUAAUUCGGUUCGUCAAACGGAAAAGAAUUCGAAAAAUGGAAAAACAAUCAGAAAAAUUAGAGGUUUUGGAUACAAAAUAUGUUGGGCACAGUAGAAUGCCAUCUGCUUUGUGGAUUAGGACUCAACCUGUUAUUGAGAAUGAUUAUUAUCCUUGA